AUGGCAUCUCUGCUAUUUGUCGCAACAUAUAAGCGUGCGGCAUUCAUAAUAAACGCAUCUGAUACAUCAGAAAGCUUUCGCAAAUUUUUGCAGAAGUUUAAAAAAUAUGUUCUUGAUUGGUUUGGUACAGUGAUUUCAUAUGAAGUCACAUUUUAUACAUGUGAUGUUUCACAUGCUGGUACAGAUGCAAAUGUAUCACUUAUUCUUUAUGCUACUCUUGGUAAUACUUGUAUUCGAGGAUUAAAACAAAAAGGUGAAUUAACUAAGUUACAUAUUGAACAUGAUAAUUCUCUCAUAUCACCUGAUUGGUUUCUUGCUAAAGUUGAAGUUAUUAAUAUGGAUACAAAUGAAAUUAUUGGUUUUCCAUGUAAUCGAUGGCUUGGUAAAAAACAUAAUGAUCAUGAGAUUCAACAAGAUGUAUUACCAAUAAAAAUUUCAUAA